UCUCAGGCCUGCUCCGGCUGCUCGUGCUUGCCAGUAAUGAGUGCACUUGACAUUGGAGUGGCGUAGUGGAAGUCAAGUAGGUCGCUUGCGGGAGUCAAUCCAAAAAUGUCGAACACAUCGCUUCGAGGUGUUAACCAGACUUGUAAAAUAUGCGGUAUUACUUACACCCUGGAAGAGGACGAAGUCGUUGGCAAUUUCCCCCAUGUCCUCCUGUGUGGCCACAUAUUCUGCACCAUCUGUCUACGCUCGUUGGAGUACAACAAUGUAAUUCUGUGUCCUGAAUGCAAGGUCGAGUCCACUCUUCCAGAAGGGGGGGUAGAUGGACUGGAGGUUGACAGCAGAAUCAUCGGUCUCAUCUACACAGCCAAAAUUAACAAUAAGAAAAGACCAAGGCAACGCAGAGUCCAUUCCUCACCUUCAGCCGGCAAAGAAGAAACCAAACAGGGUUCAGAUGUUGAGAAAGCACUGAAAGCGGUUAAAGACGCCCUCUCUCAGGCCUCAGAAAACCUGGCUGAACUAGAGAACCUCCGUCAGACUCUGAUGAACGGUCUACAGGUACAGGUGAAGAGAGAGAAGGCCAGACUACUGGUCGAGAUUGACGUGGCUAUGGAGAAGGCCUUCAUCAUCCUCAAUGGAAGGAAGGCAGCGUUGGUAGCAGAGCUGACUCACAUGGAGCAGCAUUUCCCAUCCAGCCGGAGGGAGUUAGCUAGGGUAGAAGAGAGCAUGAAAGCCCUAGAAACAGCCAUUCAGAAGGCCAAGCAGGUUGGAGAGCACCCCUCCCUGGAAAGCUACUGCGACUUGGAUCAGUUGCUAGAGACCCUCCAGCAUCCAGUGGAUCUCCAGUCAUUUGAUCUGAAGUGUUUGUCUUUGGGAUCUGGAUUGAGCUACACCGUUCAGCAGGAUGAGCUGAGCAGAAGUCUAAAGGCUUGUCUGAGAGUCUAUAUUGGGAAUGCCAAGAUUCUGCCAGAGGAGCCAGCCCUUAGGGACAGAGGAGAUAAAGAUUGGACCUGGCAGCAGACAGGACCCAGCGGGAAAGCUCCCCAGCUCCUGCCUCCUCCUAGCACCACAGGGCCCCAGCUGCAGGAGGGCCAAAGGCCAACCAGGCCACCCUGUGAGCCCUCUCUCAGCCCUGGCGCUUGUCCCUCGCCCAGCCCCUUCUCAGACACCGGACCCAACGUCAUCAUAGAGGAGAUUACAGAGGAGGAAGAACCAGGAGCAGGGGUGCACAAAGAGAGAUCCUGCCCUCAAAUCCCCACAGCCUCAGUGAAUGCCACUACAGGACUCUCCACCAGAGUAGUGCGUGCCCACCCACAGCUGGGUAGUGAGAGAGACAGACCCAAGAGGAGCAACCACCCUGUUGGUCAGGAGAAAGUGUUGAAACAGUGGGUGAUUGUGACCCACGUGGUUAACCCUAACCACUUCUACGUCCGCCACGCGUCAGAGAAGAAGGGCAUUGUUCUGCUAUCCAAGAAAAUCAAAGACUUCUGCUCUGGAGAGAGAGGACUGUUCACAGCAAACAAUGACCUGGAGGCUGGCUCCACAGUGCUGGUGAAGUCAACGGAGGGUGUGUGGUGUCGAGCCACCCUCACAAAACUGUAUCGGGGAGGUCACCCGAGCCCGGUCAACCGCUGUUCCGUUCCAGAACUCUACCGCAUCAGAGUCUUCUUCCAAGACUACGGUUUCUGUGAGGAAUAUUCCUUCCAGAGUGGGGAGGUGUGUUCAGACCUGUUGGUCAGGGAGUUGAACCAGCAUGUAAGGAGAGUGGACGUGGCCGACCAAUCGGAGAUCAGCCGUUGGAAACCUCAGGCCAUCAGGUGUUCCCUCAAGGACAUUGUUCCUGCAGACCUGACUAAAAACUGGAGCGUUGAGGCCCAGGAUGAGUUCCGUCGUGUUGUGGAUUCAGCUUCGGUGGAGAUGCAGGUGUUUGGUACUGAGAGAGACACCCUGCUUGUUGACCUGAAGAAAUCCCCUGUGGACAGCUGCAGCAGCUCCAUGCCCCUGUCCCUCCGGGAGUACCUGGUACUCAUCAAGCUCGCCAGGUUCUACUGUCCAGUGGCAGGGAAUUCCAAGAAGCUGCAUUGUGGGAGGAGGAUUUUACAGUUCUACCCUGCUGUCUUCCCUGAACCCAACAUAGAGCUUAAUGCUGUGGUGUCCCACAUCAACACACCUUCAGACUUCUACAUCCAGCUGGUUGACAGCAUGGAGUUCCUGCUGCUGGCCGCCAAGCUGCAAGACUGCUACAGCCAUGAGAGCCCCGGGAGGGUGGCCAGAGGGGAUGACCCCAGCCUGGAGGUCUACUGUCCUGCCUUGGACCAGGCAUGUGUGGCCCGCUUUGACGACAAAGGCUGGUACAGGGCCCAUGUCAUAGGUAUCCCCGGGGGCAGGAAAGUGGAGGUUCAGUUUGUGGACUUUGGCAACAAGAAGAUUGUUUCAGUGAAUGACCUGAAGAAAAUAAAGGAUGAGUUCUUUGCCCUCCCAACCAUGGCCAUCCAGUGCUACCUGGCUGAUGUGACUCUUCUGGAGACGGAUGAGACAUGGAGUGAAGCAUGCACUGAGAAGUUCAAGACCCUUGCUUACCAGAGACUAGUGACUGCCGUGGCCACAGAGGCUGGUCGAAAGGGCAAGAGUCUGCCAGUUCGGCUGUUUGAGACCAGCAAUUCCAGCCAGCCUUUAGUUAACAUUGCAGAUCUGCUGGUCAAUGACCAACUAGCUUGCUUCAAGAAAGGCGUUAGAUCUCAGGACACCCAGGCCCCAGCAGUGGACACAGUGGUGUGGGACCCCCCGUUUGAGUCUGGUCUGCUGGGUGAGUCCAAGUCGGACGCUGCCCCGCCAGGCCAGAAGACCCCGGAGCACAACGAGGACCUUGAGAAGGUCCAGCCCAAUCUGACGCUGCCGGUCAGCCUGAAGGACCUGAAGGUCAGGGUGACCCAUGUCGUCUCCCCCGGGAGCUUCUACGUCCAGCUGCUCAGCAUGGACCAUCACCUCAGAAGAGUCCACGAGUUGUUGAAGCAGGAGUACGCCCGCACAGAACCCCAGGAGACUGAGUGGAAGCCAGACAUGUACUGCGCUGCCUACAACAACGGGGUCUGGGAGAGGGGCCAGGUGUGCUCUACUACUCCCCUCAAAUGCAUCGCUGAGGUGUUGCGCUGUGACUUCGGCAACAAGGUGAAAGUGCAGAUGGACAACCUGAGACCCCUGCUGCCUGGCCUGGUUGGCUGCCUGGUGCUGGAGUGUGCACUUAGCGAUAUCAGACCCGCGGGCGGUCGCUCCUCCUGGACGGCCACGGCUUGUGACUUCGUCUCGUACUACCUGACGGGGGCCGUGGCUGUCAUGACCGUCAAGGGGAACACGGAGCAGCGUCCGGUGCCCGCCUCGCUGUUCUGCUCCAACCGGGCAGGGAAAGACGUCAGCAUUGCAGACUUCCUGGUUAGUGAGGGCCUCGCCCUGAAGGACAGGAGGCCACAAGCAACUCCCAUGCCUAAUCUAGAGGCGGCAUCUGACUUCAAGGUCCUUCGGAACGGAACACCUGACCUGGAAGACCAGCUCCCCUCCCCUUCUGAUCAGUCGCUGUCGGCCCACCAACGCUCCCUCUCCCUAACAGCGGUUCCACCCAUGCCGGCCCCCCGUAGCAGCAUCUCCCCGGAGAAGGUGAAGACACGGGCCUACUGCCCUCCGGAGUUGCCGCACUCCGGUCGGGUUCAGAUGACCAUCUCAGCGGUCGGAGAGGACGGAGUCAUUUACGCCAUGACGCGGCACGCAGAGCGUCAGUUUGAACAGCUGCGUGAGCGUCUACAGCAGCACAUAAAGACCCUGCCCAGACUGAAGCCCUACAGGUGGAAGAAUGUCCUGGGCUGUGCGGUCAUGGGCUCUGACAUGCUCUGGUACAGAGGAGAGGUUCUGGAGGUUAUCGGAGGUCACGUCAAGGUGCGUUACGUGGACCAGGGGAUGGUGGAGAACAUUCCGGUGUGUCACGUCUAUCCCACAGUGCUGUGUGAGGACAUUCCCCAGCUCUGUAUUCCCUGCCAGCUGCACGGGACCAUUCCCGUGGGCAAGACGUGGCAGAGUGAUGCCGUUGCCCUGCUGAAGGAGCUGCUGCUAAACCGCUGUGUGGACAUGCAGGUUAUGGGGCUGCCUGCUGACCCUCUGGGCUGUCUGACAGUACUGAUCUCUCUGGACGGGAUGUCUGUCAGUAGGAUCAUGGUUCAUCAUCAACACGCCUCUCUUGAGCCAGCUGUUGAAUCCUUGCAUGAGGAGCUCCUGGUUUCGUCUCGCCUUGCUCUGGACGACCAGGACAUUGACACAGAGGGUUUGGUGGAGCUGGAGCCUGUCCUGAGGGUGUUCCACUACCCAAAACUGCCUGAGAAAGGAGAACGCUUCAGAGUCUCGAUCAAACACCUCCGUACCCCCAACGAGGUGUUCCUGUACCCUAUGGAAGACAGUGUGGACUCAGUCGGGGAGAGUCUGGAGGAAGCUCUGAGGAGAGUCAAUGACCAGAUCAACAGUCUGGACAUUCUCUCAGACUUUGCCAUUGAGGCCCCAUGUCUAGCAGAGUACAGUGAUGGGAAGUACUACCGGGCGAAGCUGCUUGGGUUCGCUGGCCUCAACCCUGUCAAGAUCUUGGUCAGACAUGUGGACUUCGGCUCUGACGACACCCUGCCCACACACAAACUGCGUCAGAUACCGGCCCACCUCGUGCAGUUCCCCUGCAGGGCCGUGAAGGUGCGCGUGGCGGGCUUCAAACCGCCCAGCCGCAACCUGGAGACGGAGCGCCUGUCCUACCGGCCAGAGUGGAGCAUGAAGGCUGUCCUGGAGAUGAUCAACCUGCUGCACAGCUGCUACGCUGCAUCGGUUACCGCCACUGAUCCGGAGCUGGCAGUGUUCCUGUAUGACGAGGACGGGGCUCUAGUCCACCUGCCCCUGGUGGAAAAAGGCCUAGCUGACUUUGACUGAGUCAAGGGUCUAAAGUGAAAAGGGUUCCGUUUGUUCCAGCUGGCAUGGUGGUGUAGUCUGAGCCUGACAGCGUACGACCCGGUUCUCUCCACUUUGACCCCUCUACUGUUCUGUUGAAUUGACAUGUUC